UCGCCACUGGCCGGAAUUUCUGAGUGAUCGUAUAUAUGUAUUGCUCUCUAACGAUAUCAACGUUUUUAUGAUGCUACCGAUCUAGAUAUAUUUAUAGAUGUACACGUUCUUUACGUUACUAUGAAUUGUAACGGCACGACGACCAGUUGCCGUAUGAAACGUAUGCGAUGAACUGAAAUAUGUAUGUGUAUAUUAUAUGUCUGCAUAUAUAUAUAUAUAUAUAUAUAUAUAUAUAUAUAUACAUGGCUUUCCUUGAUAACGAAACUUUUGCGCAUAGCCAACAGUUUAAAUGCACGGAAUGGUAUUAUUAUUGCAGGCAUCGUGUAUAGGGCUCGCUUCAUGUUACCUUGCUGUUCGAUACUUGGAUAGGAUCGAAUAAUUAUUAUUCACAGUAUGGUAUAGCUGUCGUUUCAUAUUCCCUUCUUCAAUCUUUCUCUUUAUUAAUAUGUGUAUGUGGAUAUAUGUGUAUAUAUAUAUAGGUACUUCAGUUUAGAAAUUAUUUGGCUGUAUUCUUCUGAUUAUAUUGUUUUGUUAGCAAUGGGUUGAGAUGACGAAAAAUGACUUUGACAUCGUUUGUUAAUUAUGCUAACGUAUAUACAUAUAUAUGCUAUAGGGGAACAAGGCAAUAAAUGGCUGAUGGUGGGCAACCCUCAUGUGUGGAGUAUGAUAUAUGCUGGUUACGAGUUUUCUUGACUUAUUUUUUUUAAAGAAUAAAAAUAAGUCUGCUCUUCCUAUAUUACAAGUAUUGACAUAUUCGAAUAAUUGAAGCAAUGCUAUCUUUAAAUUUGCUUUAUAAAAAAAUGGUGUGAAGUUUAUUGAAAGUUUGUUAGGACUUGUGAAGUGUUGAAUAUUAUAUUUAUUAAGGUACAGAUAGGUGAUUUAUUAUUAACAUAAUAUUCAACAUUUAUAGUUUAUGUACGUGGGUCAUGGUGUGAGUACAAUAAAAUCGAUUACUGAACUUUGAAAUAUGACCUGAAUAUUGACAGAACAUUACCUUGUUUGAAAAUCAAUGGUAACAGAACGAAAUUGUUGGGAAUUCUCGUAUUAAAUCAGUUCAGGUAUAAUGGUAUGUAAAUGUGAAUUAAAAUAUUGAAUAGAAUCUAUUUCGAAAGCUACAGAAUGGCGCAGAAUCUACAGUAGCGCCGACAUUUCAAAGCAUGUGUUUGAUUUGGUUACUGACGCUUGGGUACGUUUGACUUCUAAUGUGAUCUAACCUAUCCUGAAUUGUAGUUUAUUAAAGAAAGUUUAAUAUUAGUUAUACCUAAAAAAAUACAUGUACAGAAUUAAUCUGUUUGUGAUAUAUGAUAUACUGUAGAACGUUCUCUUGUUGUUAAACAUUAUGAAACGUGAAUAGUGACUAUUUGGAGUCAUUAAGUCUUACAUGACAGUUUAACUUGGAAUUUUUCCAUAAACCUGUAAGAGAAGAAAGUUAUAUUCAAAUAUUUAUUUAUAUUAGAAGAGUAUUAGCCAUGUCUAAUACUACUGUUCCUGAAGAUGAAUUACGAAGGGUUGGAAAAGGAAGCGUUAAUAAAGCAUUAGAUGUCCUGAGAUCAAAAGUAAUCAGUAGAAAGAGAAAGACGGAUAACCAUAACAAAGAAACUCUCAAUUCUAAAAUUGAGUCCUAUUGUAUUUCAACUAUCAGCGAUAGAAGAAAAAAGAGGAAAUCGCCUGCUACAAUCUUUAAUCGUAGUACAGCUUUUUUAGAAAUGCGCUCCUGUUUAGCACAUCAUGAUUGGCGUCAUCUGCAAGAACUAUUUCACAUAACAUUGGAUGCACCUUUAGAAUAUGAACCAAACAAAUGGAGAUAUGCAUUAAUCCUUCUAAUGUGUAGUCCAGACAGUAGUACAUCGAAUCUUAGAGAAUUUUUUGAACUAUGCCUUGGUAAUCAAGCAUUUGAAGAAACAAAUUUCCUUGAAAGGAUAUUUUCAACAAAACCAAGUGUUGAAAUAGAUGAAAGCAUAAAAUACAGUUUCUCACGUUGAACAUCCUUGUUUAUGAUUUGAAUAUUUUAUAAUGGCCUUUCAGGUGAAUAAAUAAAAGACUAAAAUAACAAUUA